AUGGCGGGAGACAGGGUGUCGAUCCCGCAAUUGUGUGGUGAGAAUUGGUCAACAUGGAAGGCCAAGUUCCGUGGGCUUUUUGGAUACAAGGGAUGGCUGUGUGCGGUUAAGGAACCGAAGUCCGUGGAAAAAAAGAAAGUGUCAAGCCAAGCAAGGGGGCUGAUGCUGAUCCACACGGAAGAUGCAUAUGGGGACGCGCACGCGCCCGCAAUGGACCGCGGCCGCGUUGCGCGCACAGUUUCAAAGAAAGGCCAAAGUGGGCCGAUUGUGGAAACGAUGCGCGAAGUUGUGGAGGUGUCUGAGGAGAUUGGAAAGGGCAAGGAGAGUCCACAAACGGCGGUAGAGAGCAAGCCCGCCGGUGUGGAACAGGCAACGGAGAAGCUUGUAAUGGAGUCCCACGUGUUGGGAAGAUGUCCCGCGAGAGUGCGACGGGAGCCCGCAGAGUGGUAUCGGGCAAAUGUGGGAGCAACGGAAGCCGUGGAAGCCGAAGAGCUGGAGCACGGAGUGGAGAAGAUGUCGCCGGAGAAGAGCGACGAUGGCGACAGUGGAGGCGUGUGGGUGACGCCAAAGGCAAAGAAGACAGCCCGCAAGAGGAGCGCGACGAGUUAG